CCCGGAUACAUCCCGACAGUGUUGCGGUCUCUUGCUGUGUCGGGUUUAAGACAGCUGGGGCAGCACAGAGCUCUGAUGUGCCUGUGUGAGGAGGCUGCAGCUGCCCUGCCAGCCGGUAUUUGUGGCUCCUUUUCCCUUCCUAAAGGGAUUUUUGAUACGCACUCCUGGAAGAAAAACAUGGUGGGCAGGCAAUAAGGCUUGACAGAAGAUGCGACGGGGGUGGUGGCUCGUCAGAUGGCUGGGGACAGGAAUGGCAAUCCUCUCUUUGCUAACCCACAGCUGGGGCCAGGACACAGAAGACUGGCAGUAUGAGGAGUGUAAGCUGUCCCGGCCAGGCCCCCCUGCGACCAUUGUGACCAUUGAUGAGGAGAGCCCCAACGGUACAGUUUUGGUGGAAAACAUGCAGAUAAAUGGCCAUGCCCAAGAUCCUGGCAGAACCAUCUCACUGACGUUACUGGACAACUAUGACUACUGGGUGAUACUGGAACCAAAGCAACAGAGGCUCUACCUCAACAGCACCGGGCGAGUUCUGGACAGAGACCCCCCCAACUACAUCACCACCAUCGUGGUUCAGGUCCAGUGCUACAAUGAGCUGGUUGGUACCGUAAUCUUUCACGAGGUACGGAUUGUUGUGAGGGACAAAAACGACAACAACCCUCGCUUUCAGCAGCCGCGCUACUAUGUUGCGAUAAACGAGCUCACACCAGUUGGAACGACCAUUUUCACUGGCUUCUCAGGGAAUAAUGGAGCUACGGAUAUUGACGAUGGACCCAAUGGACAUAUAGAAUACAGCAUACUUUACAACCCCAAUGACCCGGCGUCUAACAGAACAGUGAGUGUUGCCAACACUCUUUCAGGACACAUUAUUCUGGCUGAGAGGCUGAACUAUGAGGAGAGAACUCGCUACCUUGUUUUGGUCCAAGCCAAUGACCGGGCUCCGUACCCCCCCAACAGACGGACAGCUGUGACGACUCUGACUGUGGACGUUCUGGACGGAGACGACCUGGGCCCCAUGUUCCUGCCUUGCAUUUUGGUGAACAACACUCGCGACUGCAACCCCCUCACCUACCGUGUUGCUAUCCCAGAAUUCACUGAACCGAGCAAACUGAACCCACUGAAUGUGACCCCUGCGAUCCGGGCCGUGGACAUGGACAGGAACAUACAGCCCCCAUCAGACAGACCCAACAUUCUUUACUACAUCCUAGUUGGUCAUCCAGUCACAUACCGAGAGUAUUUCUCCCUGAACAGAACCACUGCAGAGCUGCGUGUUCUGCAGCCUAUCAGCAGGGACUUGUACCAACGUUUCACACUCAUCAUCAAGGCUGAACAGGACAACGGUCACCCCCUCCCGGCCUACGCUGACCUCAUUAUCGAAAUCCUGGACGAAAACAACCAGGCACCGUAUUUCCAGUUUGCCACCUAUCAGGGCUAUGUGAGUGAGUCCUCCCCAGUGGGAACGACUAUAUCCGCCAGUGCAAACCUCACUGCCCCCCUGGGAAUCAUCGCUCUGGAUAAUGACAUCGAGGAGACAAAAGACCCCAUGCUGAAGAUUACCCUGGAUGACUACACCACGAUCUUCAGCCUUACACCAACUGGGAUAAUCCGCUACCUGAAGCUGAUCAAACCUGUGGAUCGGGAGCAGCAGAUGGUCUAUACUUUCAAGAUGGUGUCAUCGGAUGGCGUGCAGCAGAGUAGCCCAGUCACUGUGAACAUCGUGGUCAUUGAUGCCAAUGACAACACGCCCACAUUUCCCGAGGUCUCCUAUAGCGUCGAAGUCUUCACAGACAUGCAGCCCGGGGAGACGGUUCUACAGUUAACCGCAGCAGAUGCUGAUGAGGGACUGAAUGGUCUGGUGACCUACCAGAUACUGGCUGGUGCCCGCGGAAAUUUCAUCAUUAGCAAUCGCACUGGACGCAUCACUGUGGCUCCUGGUGUCACUUUAACUGUGGGACAAUCUUACGCACUGACCGUCAAAGCCUCUGACACUGCACCAGAGAUCCAGAGAAGGAGUUCAAUCACUACAGUUUACAUUGAGGUUCUGCCUCCCAACAACCAGAGCCCCCCACGCUUCCCUCUCCUCACCUACAACCUGGAAGUCAGCGAGGCAAUGAGGAUUGGAGCCAUUCUGCUUAAUCUGCAGGCCACAGACAGAGAAAAUGACCCGAUCACAUACCACAUUGUGAGUGGGGAUUCCCAGAAGGUCUUCAACCUCUCUGAAACGAUUGGCCUUCUGCUUUUGAAAGACCCUCUCGACCGGGAGACAACAGAUCAGUACCGUCUGAUUGUAACAGCCUCCGACGGCAACCCUGGAGGGACAUCAACUGCUACUGUGAACAUAGUCGUCACUGAUGUCAACGAUAAUGACCCUGAGUUUGACCCGACCAUAACCACUAAUUUCACUGUUCAAGAAGAGGAGGCCAAUUUGUUUGUAGGACGAGUCAGGGCCACAGAUCAAGAUGCAGGGGUUAAUGGCCAGGUGCGCUACCGGAUCGUGAAUCAUCCUGAUUUGUUCACCAUCAGCGCUAAUGGCAGCAUCUACACAAGAGUGCCACUGGACCGGGAGCGCAGGAGCCAAUAUGACCUGGUGGUAGAAGCUUCAGAUGGGGCAGUAGAUCCACGGCGGACCACCUUGACCCUCUCAAUCCAGGUCAUGGAUAUCGAUGACAACAGCCCAGUCUUCUCCCAGCAAACUUAUGUGGUGAACGUACCGGAGAACAGCCCUUUAGGGACUGUGAUCCUAAAGCUAAGCGCGGUGGACUCGGACCUCUUCUCCAAUGUCACGUAUCGGAUCAAGACUGAAUCUGCCCGGCAGCUGUUUUCUCUAAACCCUAUCUCUGGGGAGUUAGCAGUGCUGCAGACACUGGACUUUGAGGACCUGGCAGCUAUGGGCAUGGGGGCCUCACACACCUUCCAGGUGGAAGCUGUCGACCAAGGAGGGGUCAUGCCUCCAGGACAGGCUACAGUCACGGUCCGCAUCACGGACAUGAAUGACUUCUCCCCCAUCUUUACCCAAGACCUAUACAAAGGCAUGGUGGCACCAAAUGCAGAGAAAGGAACGGUCAUCACAACAGUUUUUGCUGAGGACCGAGACCCACCAGGUACUCCAGCCAGUUUUGUCCGCUACAGAGUGGACCUGGGCAGGUCACCGUACAGUGGGAGCAUCUUUGAUGUGGUAGAGGAAACUGGAAGAAUCAUCACUAAGGUCAACCUCAAUGAGGAGCCCAGUGUCACCUUUACGUUGUUUGUGAUAGCCUUUGAUGACGGAGAGCCGGUGAAGACUAACAGCACAAUGGUGGAGAUCACUGUUCUUCAGCCUUCCCGCAUCCCGAUCUUCACCCAGGAAGAGUACAGGUUUCCUUUGGUUAGUGAGCUGGCUCCAUUAGGCACACGGGUGGGGACUAUUCUCGCUGCUGCUAUCAAUCAAACCAUCUUCUACUCCAUUGUUGCAGGAAAUGAACUAGGUCAUUUUCAGGUUAACAACAGGACAGGCGUCAUCUCCACAGCUAAACCUCUGGAUUAUGAAAAUGUGACAAGCUAUGUUCUCCGGGUCCAGGCCGACUCCAUGGUGGUUGUCAUGUCCAACCUGCGUGUGCCUUCUAAAACUAACACAGCCAAGGUGUUCAUUGAGGUGCAGGAUGAGAACGACCACCCUCCUGUCUUCUCCAGGAUGCUGUACAUUGGCGGCGUGACAGAGGACACCAAGAUCUUCAGCUCUGUGCUCAAGAUAGUGGCAACUGAUAAGGACACUGGGAAUUACAGUCGGAUGGCGUACCGCCUGAUUAUCCCACCCACACCAGAGGGCCAGGACAGCUUUGUCAUUGAGACCUACACAGGUGUCAUCAAGUCGGCCACCAUGUUUCGAAAUAUGCGCAGGUCCUAUUUCACGUUUGAAGUUAUUGCCACAGACAACUAUGGAAAAGGUCUCAGCAGCAAUGCUGAUGUGGUGGUUUCUGUGGUCAACGCGUUGGACAUGCAGGUCGUUGUGUCCACUGUCCCAUCCGCUUUAGUGGAGGAGCAUAGGGAGGAGCUCAUUAGUAUUCUGGAGCGCCACGUCCAGGAUCAGAUUCCCGGGGCCAAGGUGAUUGUGGAGUCAAUUGGUCCGCGUCGUCAUGGCGAUGGCUUUGAACUUGAGGACUACAGUAAGUCGGACCUGAUGGUGUAUGCCAUUGACCCGCUAACCAACAGGGCCAUUUCACCCAAGGAGCUCUUCAAAUUUCUUGAUGGGAAUGUGCUGGAGAUCAACAAGGAGUUCCAGCCAUUACUUGGCGAGGGUGGCCGCAUCCUGGAGAUCCGCUCUCCAGAUAUUGUGGCCAGUUUGAAGAAAGCGGCCCAGGCUGUGGGCUACACAGAGGGGGCUCUCCUGGCCCUGGCCAUCAUCAUCAUCCUCUGCUGCAUCCCUGCCAUCCUCAUCGUCAUGGUCACCUACAAACAGUUCAAAGAGCGACAGGCUGAGUGUGCCAAAACUGCCAGAAUUCAGAUGGCUUUACCACCAGGAGGGAAAGCACCUCCAGCAGCUGCUCCCACUGCUAACCUUUACGAGGAGCUUGGCGACAGCACCAGCAGGCGAGGCUAUGGCAGACAGCAACAGCAACUGCUGAGGCCAUCUCUUCUGAGACCUGAGGAACUUUCAAUGGAGUCAGGUAUCGACCCAGGCCAGGAGUACUACACACAGGACUACUAUAAUUAUGACCAAGGGUAUGAUAUUCCUCAGUAUGGCAGUAGGAGGAGGCUAAUACCUCCAGUGUACGAUGAAUAUGGAGAGGUGAUCAUGGAGGAUGAUGGGUAUUACUACGGUCCUCGUGGCACUGAGGGCCAGGGCAGAGGCAGGGGCCGUGGUGGAGGUCCACCUAAAAGGGUUGCAUUUAGGGACAUGCCAGGAGAUGAAAUCGAACAAGCUGAGCCAGCAGAGGGUGGCGAGCCUUCUAAGGCUGCCAAGAGACUGAAGUCUGUCAUGAAACUCAGCAAACUCCUGGCAGCCAGCAAGGGGGGAGAACAGCCGUCGGGUCCUUCUGGCCCAUCUCCAUGGAAGAAAGCCAAGAUGUUCAAGAUGUUUGGUGCCGGGAAGAAGGACAAGGAUUAUGCCAAGCUGAUGUCAGCCCGCCGUAUUGACAGCCAAGAGAGUCUGACUGGCGGACCAGCAGUUAUGGGACCAAUAGACAGCAAGUCUGAUACCCGCAGCAAGCUCGGUAAAGUUUUCAGGAAAAUCAACUUAGGCAACAAGUUGCAGAUUCGUAGGAAGUCGAGGAGUAGUGUGAGCCAGGGCUCGGCCACAGGCAGCGAGCGAGACGAGGAGGCUUCACAAGUAGCCAGUGAGGAUGACAAAUCUAAAGUGUCUAUUAGUGUGACAGAAAGUGAGCCAGAAGCAGGUGCAAGUGGAAGCAGUAAGGAGAAAGACUCUGAUGGGGAAUCCUCGGAGAGAAGCAGUGUUGACAGAGAUUAUCUUAAAGUAGACUUGGACCGUGAUGAUGCCAAUGAAAGCACUGUGGAUUCGGAAGAAGAGCCUGAUGAGGAGCCAGGGGAUUCUGAUGAGGAAAGCAAGUCAAAAUCUGAAGGGGAAGAAACAGAGAAGGAAUCCAUCAGUGAAAAAGAAUCUGGAACUGAAAAAGAAUCAGAUUCAGAAAAGGACUCAGAGUCAGAGAAGUCAUCGGCAACAGAAAAAGAAUCAGAAACCGAGAAAGAUUCAGACUCCGAGAAAGAGUCUGAAUCUGAGAAAGAAACUGAAUCAGGAUCAGGCACAGCAACAGAGAAGGAAACAAGCACAGAAAAAGAUUUGGGGACAGAGAAAGAUUCUGACGAAGAGUCUGAGGAAGAAGAGGGUUCUGGGAGCACUAGAGAAAGUGGGUCUUCCGCCCGCUCUUCCAUGAAAUCAUCAGCUACAGAAGCCAGCAAGGGAAGCAGUACAUCAGGUGCAAGUGGCAGCAGAAGUGGCAGCAGAAGUGGCAGCAGAAGUGGCAGCGGCAGUGGCAGCGGCAGUGGCAGCGGUAGUGGCAGCGGUAGUGGCAGCGGUAGUGGCAGCGGUAGUGACAGCGUAAGUGGCAGUGGUAGUGGGAAUGGUACCAGAGGAAGUGAAAGUGGCAGUGUUAGCACAAGCGGUUCAGUAUCUUUAUCAGGCUCAAGUGUUAGGUCAUCAAAGAGAACCAGAUCAUCAGGAAGUGCAGUUACCUUAGAGAAGUCUAGUGAAGAACUCAGUGAGGGCGAGUCAGGAACAGGGACCGCCAGCGAGGUAGAGUCAGUGUCAGGAAGUGAAGGCUCUUUAUCUCGAGGGUCCAGCCAGAGGAAAAUGUCUGAGUCAGAGUCCGUUGGUGGGUCGGAGUCCGUCAGUCAGAUGACAGACCAGAGUUCCCUGAGCAGCAAGACGGGUACAGCUGGUUCCCGUUCCACCAGUGGCAACCGGCAUUCCCAGAAGUCAAGCCUGAGCCAUGGUUCUGAGGACACAAUCACAGAGGAAAGUGAAGAAGAAGAAGAAGAUGAGGAAGAAUCCGAGACCGCUGACGAGAGCAAAGAGUCAGCCAGCGAGCUCAGUGAUGACGCAUCAACAGGGAGGUCCGGGGGGUCGCCUGGGGACCCUGGGCCUUCUGCACCCUACAGUGGUCCUUAUUACGGCUCUGAUAGCAGAAGCAUCGGUAACACCUCUGUAGAGACAUACGGAGGACUGUCCCCUAUCACUGAGGUGGACGAGGAUGCCAUCUCCUCUGACAAAUCUUCAGUCAGUGGUUCCGGAUCUGGCAGCGCAUCGAAAGACUCAACAACGACAGAUGCUGAUUCAGAGACUGAGGGAAACACAACUGCCUUCUAGAGAGAUAUAGUCCACUGUGAACCUGGGAAAAAGCCACGGAUCAAGCUGGUAGUAGAUCAGGAGAACGAGACCAGCUCCACAGGAGAGGAGAGCACCACAGAGAUCCAGAGGAACCGACUCCCAAACAGCCACAGCAACAUCAACGGGAA